GCCCCCCGCCCCGCCAGCUGCGCACCGACCUGGGGCCGCACCGAGGGCGCUCCCGCUGCAGAGCACGGCGCGCCGGAGCACGGGGGCGGCCAUGGCGCCGAGGCCGGAGGAGGCGGGCGGCGGAGCGGGGGCCUGCGAGCGCCCGCCCCGCGGGCUCGGCCGAGAGAUGGCGGCGGUGCUGGCGGGCGGCUCCGGGCGGGCGGCGCGGGAGGUGGCGCGGUGCUCGGCGGUCCGCCCGGCUGCUUCGGGCGGCUGGGGCUGCGCGCCCGCAGGGAAGCGGUAUCUGCUAACAGAAGAAGAUAUAAAGUUACAAGAAUUUCAGCAGAUGAAAGUGGCAAUUAGAAAUGAGCUUCAUGGCAAUAAAGAUCAAUAUUUUAAAAAUAUUAAAGAAAAGCUAAAGAAAAAUGGAAUCAUUCUCAGAAAUGAAUUAAAAAAUUUGCUGCAUUUAUGUCAGAAUUCAUCUGAUGUGGAACUAGCCAGAAAAAUUAUUUACAGGUACCAUGAACAGAAUAAAAUCACAGCCUUGCAUAAUUUUAAAUUUGGGCCACUCUUUAUGAGACUGUGUUAUGAGCUAGACCUUGAAAGACCUGCAGUAGAACUUAUCAAAGAUCAGAAUUUGCAUGGUUUUUUCUCAGACAGUACAUCAUUCCAUAUUUUGAUGACUAUGUUGUUUAAAAAGGGCCAUUUUGAAAGUGCUUUGGAAGUUCUGGUUGAAAUGAAAAAACAAGGUAUACCUUUCAACAAAGAAACCUAUCUACUUGCAGUUGCAAUAUGCUAUAAACUGGGCAGCCCUGAGUCUUCCAAAAUCUCUAUGAGACUGCUUGAAGAAGCACAACUAAAAGGUGACGUGUUACCAAUGCGAGUAUACUGCUUUGCAAUGGCAGCUGCUCUCAAGCAGGUUUCUGACACGUAUGUGACUAUUUUUAUAUUGUUUAUGAUUCCUUCCCAGAAUGAUGUAGCACAAGCCAAAUUUUACUGUUCCCAGAUAAUGAGCCCAGAGAACAAACUAUACAAUAAUCUUAAAGUCCUUGUCCAGCUCAGAUCUGGUUUGCUAAAAGAAGUGAUAAAUACAUUAGAGGCAGCAGUGGAAGUAGAUACACCUCCCUUUGUGAAAAGAACUGAGUUUUCUGAGCAGGUGCUGGCUGCAGUCAGGGAAAAGAUGGAAGAGAGCCCUGACCUUUCUGUCAAAUUAGGAAAUAUUUACACGAAACUACAAGCUUCGGGACAGAUAACCAUGUGCACACUGGAAGACAUGCUUUUCCAGAUUCCUAGUUCAAAGAAGACCACUGCAAAGCUUUUAAAUCAGAAACAAUUGGGCUGUCAGGGUACUAAUCCACUUUGGUCAAAUCUGUUGUUAGGAUAGCUCAGUAUUUGAUGUCAAACUGAUUUGCUGAUGGCAUCUCUUAUAAUCCAGGUUCAAAUAAAAUGUCUUUUCCCUUUUUACACAGUGAGAGUUUUAGGUCAUUUGUAUAAAAUUUCAUUUUAAAUACAGAUAAUGUAAGUUCCGUGUUUCAAUUUUGAUCCUAAAAACAAGCUGCAACACUGGUAUUUGUGUGUUGUUCAGAAAUGGGAGAGAUAGAAAGGUUUUACUUUUUCCUUAGGCUUUUGUGUCAGGAUUUUCCUAUGCUAAAUAUUCUGGAAGUGAAUGGAUGGAAGUUAGCAGAGCAAGCAAAGUGGUAUGAGUAUCUGACCUGACUUCUGUGGUUCAUGAGAAGAAAAUUUGGUCUGCAUCAGAUUAAAAUGUUUUGACUGAAAGGAUGGAGGCAGGCAAGAGUCCAGAUAAAAGAGCAUGGAAGUGCUUGAAUUGUUAAUUCAAAGUCUGUAGAUCUCAAGAGGAUCAGGGGGAAGCAUGCAUCUUUUGUUCACUUUAAUAUCUUUUUCUUCUAAAGAAAUAUAUUAGCAUUUUUUCCUAUCAACUGGGAUCAUGGAAAUGCCAUGGGAAUUAGCAUGGUAACCAAGGGGUUGUUUUCUCACUUAAGGAGAUUCCUGAUCAAAGUCACUCUCAGAGUGAGUGACUGCACAAAUUGCUUCCUUCUCAUUUUCUGGUAUUAAGAUUCCUAGGAUAAGCCAAUCUUGAUGCAAAUUUCCAACUAAGUCAUAAAGAGUUUUUUAGAGCAAUUAUGAUCACAUUUUUAGCUAUAAUUACACCAUCUGCAUGGUUUGCCCUAUUUUCUGGAUUGACAAAAAAGUACAAAGAAGCUGUACUUUGUCCAGCUUUAAUGACUCUAGAUCAAAUGUGCUGGACUCUAGCAAUAAAAAACUGUGUCUGUGAGUCCCAUGUACCCAAGAAUCUGAACUCACUCACCAUCCAGAAUAGAAGGAAUUGGAAACAGAUAUGCCUUGGCUAACAUUCACGUGCCUUUGGGUGCCUUUGCAUGUGAAGUGAUGAACAUGUUGAUAAAAGAACUUGGGAGCCUUGUGAACUGACAACUAGGUGGAACUCAGCUUGAUACUUGCCAACUUGGGCUGCAUUAUCUCUCCUCUACCUUCUGUUUAUUUAUUUUGUCUCUGCCCCACUCAAGCAAAAGUCAUGGCUCAGAGUAUAUUUUCUGUGAAUAAAUAUCUGCAUCUGUAUCACUGAAGCUAUUGAGACACCAAAGAAACAAGAACCCAUCCAUGCUUCAAAACAAACGUGGCUUCAGUCUGUAGGAUGUUGCCUUCUGAAGCUCUAGCUCUGUAACUUAUUUCUUUUGUCACAGUGUGUCUUGUUAAUAUUUAAAAUGUACAAAAACUGUUACAAAGUAGAUGGAAUUUCAUGCAAGUGAAGAAUAAUAUGAAGUGUGUAUCACACUUCUGUGAAUUGUGUGUACCCUUUUUAUGAUUGGUGGCAUAAAGUGCUACAUACAUUAAUCUAAAAACACAGCUAUUACUUUUUCUGUAAUAUUGUGUAGUAUGUAAUUCCACAUCUAGUUUCCUUUCGUUGAAAAUUCUUUCAACAGAUGUAACCCUUGAGAAGUUCUCAAUCUUUUCUCUAGAAAUAAAUUUGAUAUGAUAUUUGUAAAGGCUACUUGCAGUGGGGCAAGGAUUAGUGGUAAAAAAUUUAAUUACUGUUCAGUUUACUCUGUUUGUAUGGACAGGAAAACUGUCUGGUGUCAUCCAGUACAACUGGGACAGCUGUUUGGUGUUGAAAGUGUAUAAAUGCCACAUUUUUAAAGGCCAUCAAAGACAGUUUGACCUAUUUAGCUUUGCAUAGCAAAUAAAUAAGGUCAGUUCUGUUUAAUUUCCUAACUUGGCACUUUAAAACUUGUAUUAAUUGCAAGAAGUUGUAAGGUCCUAAGACUGUGCAUGUGUGCUUGUUCAUUCUAAUCAGAAUUGUUUAGCUUCCUCACUAAGGCUGUAUCCUACCUGCAACUGAAGUAAUCAUAACUUCUAUUAAAAUUGUCAAAAUA